CCUCCUUCCGGGAGGCGGCGGCGCCGGCCGGAAGUCGCGUUUGGGCGGCGGCGGCGGUGGUGGAGGCGGCGGCUUGCAGGGUAAACUCGGCGCUGCGGUGCGCGCACGGCCGGCCAGGAUGGGCGAGCCCCAGCAGGUGAGCGCCCUGCCGCCGCCCCCCAUGCAGUACAUCAAGGAGUACACGGACGAGAACGUGCAGGAGGGCCUGGCGCCCCGGCCGCCGCCGCCGCUCAAGGACAGCUACAUGAUGUUCGGCAACCAGUUCCAGUGCGACGACCUCAUCAUCCGCCCGCUGGAGAGCCAGGGCAUCGAGCGGCUGCACCCGCUGCAGUUCGACCACAAGAAGGAGCUGCGGAAGCUCACCAUGUCCAUCCUUGUCAACUUCCUGGACCUCCUGGACAUCCUCAUCCGCAGCCCCGGCAGCCUCAAGCGCGAGGAGAAGCUGGAGGACCUCAAGCUGCUCUUCGUGCACGUGCACCACCUCAUCAACGAGUACCGGCCGCACCAGGCGCGCGAGACGCUGCGCGUCAUGAUGGAGGUGCAGAAGCGCCAGCGCCUCGAGACGGCCGAGCGCUUCCAGAAGCACCUGGAGCGCGUUGUCGAGAUGAUCCACACCUGCCUGGCCUCGCUGCCCGACGACCUGGCCCCCGCCGAGGCCGGCGCGCGCGUCAAGGCGGAGCCCAUGGAGGCGGAGGACGGGGGCAGCGGCGGGGGCGGCGGGGGCGGGGGCGGGCCCGGCAAGAGUGACCCGCAGAGGGACAGCGCCGGCCACCGGCGGGACCAGAUCCUGGAGAAGGAUGCGGCCUUGUGUGUCUUGAUCGAUGACAUGAAUGAAAGACCCUGAGGGAGGGAGACAGGCGUGUGUGUGUGUGUGUGUGUGUGCGCGCGCGUGUGCACGCGCUGCCUUCUGUGUUUUGAUUGCCGCUUUGUGUGUCUUGAUCAAUGAUGACAUGAAUGAAAGACCCUGAGGGAGGGAUGCGGGCCUCUGUGUGUGUGUGUGUGUGUGUGUGUGUGUGUGUGUGUGUGUGUGUGAGUGAAGGACACUGCCUUGUGUGUCUUGAUCGCUGCUUUGUGUGUCUUGAUUGAUGAUGACAUGAAUGAAAGACCCUGAGGGAGGGAGAAGGUUCUGGCUCUGUGUGUGUGUGUGUGUGUGUGUGCGUGUGCGUGUGUGUGUCUUGAUGGAUGACAUGAAUGAAAAGACCCUGAGAAAGGAGGAGGUUCUGGCUGUGUGUGUGUCUCCUAACAGCCGCCCUCCCCCGCAACUUGACCUCAUGCAUUAGUUUUGUUUGUACUGGGCCAGUCUUCACGGAGAGGCGGUUGCGAGUCCCGGGAAGGGCCGCCUCCUGCAGUUCCGACACCUCACGGGCAGUGAGGGGCCGCUGGCCAGUGUGAGAACCCCUUGGGGUGCAGAACCGGCUGCUCCGAGGCCGGAGUUCCUGUGUCCUGUCUUGGGAGAGGCGGGGGCACGUGCAAGAGACCCCUCUCCCCCAUCAGAGCCUCAGUCGGAAGGGCGAUUGGCUCGAGGAACGGUAAAUCCCGGCCGUCAAGCUGAAUAAAUGUGAAAUUCAAGUUCCA